AUGUGGUUUGUGAAGAAAUGUUCUCAGGACAUGUUUAUCAAGAUGGUCUCGGAGAAUGGAGAAUGCUUGCCGGCGCGGGUGUCCGGGUGGCCCCGCAUCCCCGUCCGACCCCUGAUCUCGGGGACACCAGACCCCCGGUCCCCGCCCGGCCCGGGCGCCCCUCCUGCUCUGGACGUGCGGUCGGUCUCCUGGGAACCGAGUUUGGAGUUCCCUGGGUGCACCUGUGUCUCGGCGUCCAGGAGGAGACGCAGUCGGCAGCAGACAGACGCCGCCGUCCUCCCGGGCCUGGAGCGGGUGCAUCCAAUGUGGACGUCCCAGGGGCGGGGCCGGGAGGAAGCCACGCCCGUCAGCACGUGUGCUCCCGCCACUGUCACUCAGCCAUCCAGAGGUGGGGCUUCCUGCAGCAUUGCCCAGUCAGCGGCGUCGGGGCGGGAAUCGAGCGCACUGUCCAAUCAGGAAGCGGGGGCGGGACGACAUUUUCUAAACCCGUCCAGACGUCGCCGCUCUGGGCGUACGGCGCUUGAAACUGUAUUAUCUAUCCGCGCGACUCCGGAAGUCCUUGUUCCGGUGGACGGGACGCGGGGAGAUCUGCAGAAGCCGGACAUGGACUCAGUGGUCUUUGAGGAUGUGGCUGUGAACUUCAGCCGGGCAGAAUGGGCUUUGCUGAGUGCUUCUCAGAGGAAUCUCUACAAAGAUGUGAUGCUGGAAACCUUCUGGAACUUGGCCUCAGUAGAUUGGUGUAUUCAAGUUAAAACCACUGGAUCAAGUCCUCAGCAGGAUCUAUUUGGGAGUGAAAUCUCCAAUGAUGAGAAAAGAAAAAAAUUUAUGCAAAAGGAUUCUUCGUCUGAUCUGGAAAAAAAAGGCAAACUCCAUAACAUUGAAGAUCAGCCCCAAAUCCAGAAGAAGCAUUUGAGGUUCAUCCAUGUUGUGGCAUUCAUGAGGACUUCAUUUCUCUUUAAUGAUUGA